AACUCCACCACCUCCACAACAGCCCUCAAAUCGAUGUUCUAUCAUUGUCCAAAAAUCCCUAUAUCCCCGGCAUACGUUUAUACAAGAAAAUCCAACAUCAUAAUUCCUGGUAUAUCCGCGCUACUAUCCAGCGCAACAAGAUUCCUAGAGCUACGUUUGUACCUCGCUCAACUGCCGUCCCUUCUGAAGAGGAAGGUGAUGCAAGCUUUAGGAUUCUAGCAUACCAAACGCCCCCGCAGCCAAGACUCUUGGUAGGUCUACCUCGGGAAAAGGCUACUUCGACUAGUGCGUGUAGUUGUAGUCGGGUGGUUUUCUGGGAAUGUGUGGGUAGGCGAGGUUUGUCCGUCAUCGCACAUCGAUUGAUCGUUCGCAAGAGUGGGGGUCACCUGUUCGGAUGUCUCCCAACCUGUGGUCGUGUUUCC